AUGCACAGAAGAGUUUGUCGACGAAUAUGUCGGUGUCCGUCCUUCGACUCGGGCUAUCCCACUCCCGCAACGACACGGCGAAGCUGCCGUGACUUUCACCUCUCUUCAUCAUAUCUCCAGAGCGAUAGUCAAACGACGCGCGGCACCGGUGAAAAUGAGGGCGAAUCGACUUCAUCGCAAGCUACACCUCGUCCGUUAUUUAAGCCAAAGUUUGGCGGCGCAUGGGGCGCGAAAUUGUCAACUCCCAAAGCUUCUGGCCUAACAGCUGCCGAGUUGGCCAGUAGAAAUGCCCUCAAAGCAGCUACUCCUGCUCCUCCUCCACCUCCACCUUCAGAACUUCCGAAAUCGGAAAUAGAAUCUGUCCUAGUCACGCAGAAACCGGUCUUCAGACGCACAGCAGAUUGGAUCUGUCCUCAAUGUCUCUAUAAUUGUUUCGGGAAGCAUCCCUUUUGCCCUAAAUGUCGAACGCCAAAUCCCAAUCCCCCUUUGCAUCCUCUUCCGGAGCCCAAGCACGAUCCACAGAUUCGAAAAGUGAACCCCAGGAAACUUGGAGAGGAUAUUAUAAAUUCAUGGAGAAAGGAUAACGUUCAACCACGAAAUGAAGGGAGUUCUGUCAAUAUGAGAAAGAUUACAUUCCAGCCUCCAGAGCGACGCCUAUCGAUAGAAGAAACGGAAGAGCUCGUAAAGGAUGAGAAACAACCCGAAAAAGCAUCUCCUGAAAAGGAAGAGGCCAAAACCGCCGAGUCGGAACCAAAGACUGCAAAAGAGGGGAAGCAAGAAGUCAACGAGUUCGACAAAUGGCUAGUGUCUUUGGAAGAACUCAAAAAAGCCGAGGAAUUGCAAAAGGCCCAAAAAGCUCAGCGAUCUGAAAAGGCUAAAGAUGCUAGGAGGGGUCGCUCGCGUGACAGUGAGGAGGAGGAGUUCGAUCCCGAGGAGAGAAGACAACGAAGGGAAAAGCGAAAGCAGAAGAAGAAACCUGCAGAGGUUGUUGAACCGCAACGAAGCCCAUUGUAUCUUCCCGAGUUUAUCAGUGUCAGCAACCUUGCCGAUGUCCUAGGCGUACGCCAGGCUGAGUUUAUCGAUCACUUGGAGGAGAUUGGCUUCGAAGGGGUGAUACACAGUCAUGUGCUCGAUGCAGAGACAGCGGGUCUUAUUGCAGAAGAGUACAAUUUUGAGCCUAUUUUCGAGACAAGUGAACAAGAUUUGGUUGCGGCUCCUGAGCCUGAAGAUAAGUCCCACUUACCGCAACGGCCACCUGUAGUAACGAUCAUGGGUCAUGUUGAUCACGGUAAAACUACGCUUCUGGACUGGCUUCGAAAAUCGUCCGUCGCAGCUUCUGAACAUGGUGGUAUUACGCAACACAUUGGAGCCUUCUCUGUGGUCAUGCCUUCUGGAAAAUCCAUCACUUUCUUGGAUACCCCUGGUCAUGCUGCAUUUCUAGAUAUGCGCCGUAGAGGUGCUGAUCUAACAGAUAUUGUGGUCUUGGUAGUCGCUGCAGACGAUAGCGUAAAGCCACAAACGAUCGAGGCUAUCAAGCAUGCCAAGCAAGCCAAUGUACCGAUGAUUGUCGCCAUCAACAAGAUGGACAAGGAUAAUGUCAAUCCGGAGAAAGUUAAGCAAGAUUUAGCUCGUCAUAGUGUCGAUGUGGAGGAUUACGGUGGCGACGUUCAGGCUAUCCCAGUCAGCGGUAAGACCGGACUGGGGAUGCUUGAUCUCGAAGAAGCGAUUGUGACACUUUCAGAACUGUUGGAUCACCGAGCCGAUGUCGAAGGUAAUGCUGAGGGUUGGGUAGUUGAGGCGACUACGAAAAAGGCCGGAAGAGUUGCUACUGUAUUAGUGAAACGAGGUACAGUACGUGCAGGCGAUAUUCUUGUUGCUGGAACUACCUGGACUCGUAUCAAGACGUUGAAGAAUGAAGCUGGUACUGUGAUUGAGGAGGCUACUCCUGGAAUGCCCGUAGAAAUCGAUGGAUGGAGAGAACAGCCAGAAGCUGGUUCAGAAGUCUUGCAGGCUCCUAGCGAACAACGUGCCAAGGAUGUCGUUGACUACCGUUUGGAGCGCUCAGAUAUCAAGAAACUGGGCCAGGAUACAGCCGCGAUCAAUGUCAGCCGACGCGAAACUCUCGAACAACGACGCCGAUCCGCCGAUGAUGAAACUGUCGAGGAAACAGAGACAUCCACAGGGCCCAAAUUGGUUAACUUCAUCAUCAAAGCCGAUGUAUCUGGAUCUGUCGAAGCGGUCGUCAACUCCGUCAGCGGCAUUGGCAACAACGAAGUUCUAGCAAACAUCCUUCGUUCGGGCGUUGGACAAGUCAGCGAGUUCGACAUCAAACACGCCGCAACCUCCGAGGCAAGCAUCAUCAAUUUCAACGCUGCCGUUGACCCUAUGAUAUCCCGCAUGGCCGAAGCACAGGGUGUCCGUUUGAUGAAUCACAAUAUCAUCUACGAGCUGAUUGACGACGUCAAGGCGAAAUUGAGUGAACAUCUACCACCAAAUAUCACAUACCGCGUAACCGGCGAGGCGGAAAUUACGCAACAAUUCGAAAUCACCGUCAAGGGCAGAAACAAGAAUUUGAUUGCAGGUUGCAAAGUUCGUAACGGCGUUAUCAGUCGAGGGAAGAAAGUGCGUGUUCUUCGAGAUAAGGAGAUUAUUUAUGAAGGUUCCCUCACAUCCCUCCGCAAUGUCAAAAAGGACGUCACCGAAAUGCGUAAAGACACUGAAUGUGGUCUCAGUUUCCAGGAUUGGGUUGGUUUCCAGAUCGGUGAUCAUGUGCAGUCUUAUGAAGAAGUUGUUGAGAAGAGGUAUCUUCAUUAAUCCUCUCUCUCAUUUCGAGUAUUGUAUAUUAUUUUUUUCUACACGCACCCCCUCUACUCGCCAUUUUUUUCUGGAAAUCAUGUACAAUUGUGAAUAAUUUGGGAAAUACCUCAGGUUUUGUGAAAGCUUGUCAUAUGUUGCAUGCAUGGUCAGGGCGUUUUCUUGUUACAUUAUCUAUUCUAAGUACGAUAGAAUCGAUUUUUGCGCUUCAUG